AUGAGCUCGGCAUCGUCUACUGGAUCCUCGCCUGCGCUAACGGCCUCGACACCCCCUACCUCUGUUCCAGGGUCACCAGAGAUCCAAUCCUUGAGCAUCUCGGACGUGACCAAAGAGGUAUCGGAAGAGGAGAAAGCCGAGGCCCUCAAGAUCAAGGGCGAGGCCAAUAAAGCUUUCAUUGCCCAUGACUUCCCUAAUGCUGCGAGGCUUUACACCCUCGCGAUUGAGAAGAAUCCCAAUGACGCGACCUUUUGGUGCAAUCGAGCUGCUGCACGAAUCAAACUGGAGGAACAUGGUUAUGCUCUCGCGGAUGCUUCUCAGGCCAUCGUCCUCAACCCCCAAUACGCCAAAGCCUACUACCGUCGCGCGACAUGCCAUCUUCAGUUGAUGAAGUUCAAAUUGGCGGUUGCGGAUUUCAAGAAGAUCCUACAACUAGAACCGAAGAAUGACUCUGUUCGUUCCCAGCUUGCUGAGACGCAGAAGCUCAUCCGCAAGAUCGAGUUCGAGAAGGCGAUCGAGGUUGAAGGAGAGAAAGACCCAAUUGAAAGAUGUCUGGAAAUUAUUGCUGAAGGCGGUUGCGAUGUGGACAAGUCGUAUUCUGGUCCAGUACUUCCCCAGGAAGAUGGGAAAUUCUACAUGACUCUCGACUUCAUCAAGCAGAUGAUCGACUGGUUUAAGAGUGGAAAGACUCUUCCUAAGCGAUAUGUCUGGGAGAUUGUCAUGGGAGCUCAUCAGUAUUUCUCACAAGAAGAGAGUUUGGUCGAGGUCACCAUUCCUGACGGUGUGACUAUCGAUGUCAUCGGAGAUGUACAUGGACAAUUCUACGAUGUCCUGCAUCUCUUCUCUUUGACGGGAGAACCAAGCGAAAAGCACUACUUGCUUAUGAACGGCGAUCUUGUCGACAGAGGCUCCUGGUCAAUAGAGGUCAUCCUCCUUGCCUUUGCCUACAAAUGGCUAUAUCCCAAAUACAUGUACAUCAAUCGCGGAAACCACGAGGCAAAGGAGAUGAACAGAACAUAUGGAUUCGAAGGCGAGGCUAAGCACAAGCACGGUGAACAAUCCUAUAAACUCUUCGCCCACGUCUUUACGACUUUGCCCUUGUCGACCCUCGUCACCGCAACUAAGCCACCUGUAGGGCAAGAGGCUGUCGACACAAUCCUAGGACCAGACGGGUUCAAGCGUUACUUCGUCGUCCACGGUGGCCUCUUCAGUAAAGAUGGUGUCACACUAGACGAGAUUCGCAAGGUUGAGCGGAUAGGGAGGCAGCCCGGCCAGGAGGGCCUCAUGUGCGAGAUGUUGUGGACCGAUCCACAGGAACUACCAGGCCGUGGUCCCAGUAAACGGGGAGUCGGCAUUGCAUUUGGACCCGAUGUUACCAAACGAUGGUGUACAUUGAACUCUGUUUCUGGUAUUAUUCGUAGUCAUGAGGUUCGACAAGACGGAUAUCAGAUCGAGCACAACGGUCUCUGCACCACCGUCUUCUCAGCCCCCAAUUAUGUCGAUCAAUCGGGCAACAAGGGAGCUUUCAUCCGGAUAGAUUCUGCAGGCACACGAGAAUACGUGCAAUUCGAGGCCGUUCCUCAUCCACCGAUGAAGCCCAUGGCAUAUGUCCAGGGCGGUCUCGCCAACCUCCUUAUGGGAGCAUAG